AGAUGCUCACACCUGGCGCUGGGCUGCUGGCAGUGGACACCGCGCCGCGCGGGAGGUGGAGACGCUGCGCUCGGCGCAGGGAAGCUGUUAUUCCCAGAGGGAAGACGAUUUAGGGCCAGAGCUGGGACGAGGCUUAGGGCUCAUUUUCUGGGCUCAGGAUCAGCAUGCUCCUCGCGAGGCCAGAGGCGCUGGUGUUCCUGGGAGCAUUGCUGGCGGGAUUUGUGGACCCAACGAGCAGCCAGGACGCGCCCCCGCUGGCCUGGGAAGUGCAGCGCUACGACGGCUGGUUCAACAACCUGAGGCACCACGCGCGGGGCGCUGCAGGUUCCCGGCUGCAGCGCCUGGUCUCCGCCAACUACGCUGACGGCGUGUACCAGGCGCUGGAGGAGCCGCAGCUGCCUAACCCGCGCCGGCUCAGCAGCGCCGCCACGCGGGGCCCAGCGGGACUGCCGUCCAGCCGCAACCGCACGGUGCUGUCAGUCUUCUUCGGCUACCACGUGCUGUCGGACCUGGUGAGCGUGGAGCGGCCCGGCUGCCCCGCCGAGUUCCUCAACAUCCGCAUCCCGCCCGGGGACCCCGUGUUCGACCCCCAGCAGCGCGGGGACGUGGUCCUGCCCUUCCAGAGGAGCCGCUGGGACCCCGGCACCGGCCAGAGCCCCAGCAACCCCCGGGACCUGACCAACGACGUGACGGGCUGGCUGGACGGCAGCGCCAUCUACGGGUCGUCGCACUCGUGGAGCGACGCGCUGCGGAGCUUCUCCGGGGGGCGGCUGGCGUCUGGGGGCGACCCCGCCUUCCCGCGGGGGGCGCAGCAGCCCCUGCUCAUGUGGACGGCGCCCGACCCCGCCACGGGCCAGCGCGGGCCGGCGGGGCUGUACGCGUUCGGGGCGGAGCGCGGGAACCGCGAGCCCUUCCUGCAGGCGCUGGGGCUGCUGUGGUUCCGCUACCACAACCUGUGCGCGCGGAGGCUGGCGGCCCGGCACCCGCGCUGGGGGGACGAGCAGCUGUUCCAGCACGCGCGCAAGAGGGUCAUCGCCACCUACCAGAACAUCGCCAUGUAUGAGUGGCUGCCCAGCUUCCUGAGACAAACACCCCCAAAGUAUGCAGGCUACCGCCCUUUCCUGGACCCCAGCAUCUCCCCAGAGUUCCUGGUGGCCUCUGAGCAGUUCCUCUCCACCAUGGUGCCCCCUGGAGUCUACAUGAGAAACGCAACCUGUCACUUCCAGAAGGUCCUGAGCACAGACUCUGACAGUUUUCCGGCUCUCAGGGUCUGCAACAGCUACUGGAUUCGGGAGAACCCUAAUCUCAACAGUUCCCAUGCAGUGAAUCACUUACUACUGGGAAUGGCCUCGCAGAUUUCAGAGCUGGAGGACAGGAUAGUUGUUGAAGAUCUGAGAGAUUACUGGCCAGGUCCUGACAAGUUCUCUCGAACUGACUAUGUAGCCAGCAGCAUCCAACGAGGCCGAGAUAUGGGACUUCCCAGCUAUAGCCAAGCCCUGCAGGCAUUGGGGAUGAAGGAACCCCAAAACUGGACCGAACUCAAUCCCAACCUGGACCCCCAGGUGCUGGAGGCCACAGCCGCCCUCUACAACCAGGACCUGUCCAGGCUGGAGCUGCUCCUUGGGGGGCUCCUGGAGAGCCAUGGGGACCCGGGACCCCUUUUCAGUACCAUCAUCCUUGACCAGUUUGUGCGACUGCGGGACGGUGACCGUUACUGGUUUGAGAACACCAGGAAUGGGCUGUUCUCUGAGGCGGAAAUAGCAGAAAUCAGAAAGACCACUCUGCGGGAUGUGAUAGUGGCUGUCACCAACGUGGACACCAGUGCCCUGCAGGACAAUGUCUUUGUCUGGCAUGAAGGCGCGCCCUGCCCUCAACCCCAGCAGCUUACCACAGAAGGCUUGCCCAACUGUGUGGGCCUGACCAUGCUGGACUAUUUUGAGGGGAGUGGAGCUGGUUUUGGGAUCACCAUCGUGGCUCUCUGCUGUCUCCCACUGGUGAGUCUGAUCAUCUCUGGCCUGGUGGCCUAUUUCCGGGGCCGAGAAUUUAAGAAGCUCCAGAAGAAAAGCAAAGAGAGUGUGAAGAAGGUGGUAGCCAAAGAUGGAGUGCCAGCAAUGGAGUGGCUGGGCCCCAGGGAGAAGAGCUGUCCCGUCACCAUCCAGCUGCUCCCAGACUGGCGUCUGCAGGUCCUGGACAGGCGUCUCACUGUGCUCCGCACUGUCCAGCUACGGCCCCCGCAGAGGGUCCACCUCAUCCAGUCCAGCAACCAUGGACGCCGGGCCCUGCUGCUCAAGAUCCCCAAGGAAUAUGACCUGGUGCUGCUCUUUCACUCAGAGGAGGAGCGAGGCCCCUUUGUGGAACAGCUGCAGGACUUCUGCGGGCGCUGGGCUCUAGGCCUCGAUGUGGACGAGAUGGUGGAGAAGGAGCUGUUCCGGAAGGCCGUGACCAAGCAGCAGCGUGGCAGCAUCCUGGAGGUCUUCUUCAGGCACCUUUUUGCCCAGGUGCUGGACAUCAGUCAGGCUGAUGCAGGGUCACAGGACUCCUCACAGAAGGUGCGAGAGGCCCUGACCUGUGAACUGAGCAGAGCCGAGUUUGCCGAGUCCCUGGGCCUCAAGCCCCAGGACAUGUUUGUGGAGUCCAUGUUCUCUCUGGCAGACAAGGACGGCAAUGGCUACCUGUCCUUCCGGGAAUUCCUGGACAUCCUAGUGGUCUUCAUGAAAGGGUCCCCUGAGGACAAGUCCCGCCUGAUGUUCACCAUGUACGACCUUGAUGGGAACGGCUUUCUCUCCAAGGGCGAGUUCUUCACCAUGAUGCGGUCCUUCAUCGAGAUCUCCAACAAUUGCCUGUCCAAGGCCCAGCUGGCUGAGGUGGUGGAGUCCAUGUUCCGGGAGUCGGGUUUCCAGGACAAGGAGGAACUGACGUGGGAGGACUUCCACUUCAUGCUGCGGGACCAUGACAGCGAGCUCCGUCGCACGCAACUCUGUGUCCGGGCUGGGGGUGCUGGAGACAUCUUUAAACCGAACAUCAGCAGCCGAGUCUCAUUCAUAAACCGAACUCCAGGAGAACGCUCGGGCCCUCAGGGAGUGGCAUUUCCUGCCUCAGAAUCCUCAGAACUAGGAGGUUCUGGACUGAAGAAGAGGUUUGGCAAAAAGUCAGUGGGGACCCCAGCCCGGCUGUACACAGAGGCGCUGCAGGAGAAGAUGCAGCGGGGCUUCCUGGCCCAGAAGCUGCAGCAGUACAAGCGCUUCGUGGAGAACUACCGGCGCCACAUCGUCUGCGUGGCUGUGUUCUCCGCCAUCUGCGCCGGCCUCUUUGCAGACCGCGCUUACUACUAUGCCUUCUCUUCACCACCCUCGGAGAUCGCCCAGACCACCUUCGUGGGCAUCAUCCUGUCGCGGGGCACAGCAGCCAGCGUCUCCUUUAUGUUCUCCUACAUCCUGCUCACCAUGUGCCGCAACCUCAUCACCUUCCUGCGGGAGACCUUCCUCAACCGCUACAUACCCUUCGAUGCCGCCGUGGACUUCCACCGCUGGAUUGCCAUGGCCGCUGUGGUCCUGGCCAUUUUGCACAGUGCCGGCCACGCAGUCAAUGUCUACAUCUUCUCCGUCAGUCCCCUCAGCCUGCUGUCCUGCAUCUUCCCCAACGUCUUUGUGAAUGAUGGGUCUAAGCUUCCCCAGAAGUUCUACUGGUGGUUCUUUCAGACCGUCCCAGGGAUGACAGGUGUGCUCCUGCUCCUGGUCCUGGCCAUCAUGUAUGUCUUCGCCUCCCACCACUUUCGCCGCCGCAGCUUCCGGGGUUUCUGGCUGACCCACCACCUCUAUAUCCUGCUCUAUGUCCUGAUCAUCAUCCACGGCAGCUACGCUCUGAUCCAGCUGCCCAGUUUCCACAUCUACUUCCUGGUGCCAGCCCUCAUCUACAUGGGGGACAAGCUGGUGAGCCUGAGCCGGAAGAAGGUGGAGAUUGGCGUGGUGAAGGCCGAGCUGUUGCCCUCAGGUACCAGGCCUGGCCUGACCCUGGGAGUAACCUACCUUCAGUUCCAGCGACCCCAGGGCUUCGAGUAUAAGUCAGGACAGUGGGUGCGGAUCGCCUGCCUGGCCCUGGGGACCAAUGAGUAUCACCCCUUCACGCUGACAUCUGCGCCCCAUGAGGACACGCUGAGUCUGCACAUCCGGGCAGCAGGGCCCUGGACCACACGCCUCAGGGAGAUCUACUCACUCCCCAAAGGGGACGGUUAUACCCGAUAUCCCAAGCUGUACCUCGAUGGACCAUUUGGAGAGGGCCACCAGGAGUGGCAUAAGUUUGAGGUGUCAGUGCUGGUGGGAGGGGGCAUUGGGGUCACCCCCUUUGCCUCCAUCCUCAAAGACCUGGUCUUCAAGUCAUCCUUGGGCAGCCACAUGCUUUGCAAAAGAAUCUACUUCAUCUGGGUGACGCGGACCCAGCGGCAGUUCGAGUGGCUGGCUGACAUCAUCCGGGAGGUGGAGGAGAAUGACCGCCAGGACCUGGUGUCUGUGCACAUCUACAUCACCCAGCUGGCUGAGAAGUUCGACCUCAGGACCACCAUGCUGUACAUCUGCGAGCGGCACUUCCAGAAGGUGCUGAACCGGAGUCUGUUCACGGGCCUGCGCUCUGUCACCCACUUCGGCCGCCCCCCCUUCGAGCCCUUCUUCAACUCCCUGCAGGAGGUCCACCCACAGGUGCGGAAGAUUGGGGUAUUCAGCUGCGGCCCCCCAGGAAUGACCAAGAAUGUAGAGAAGGCCUGUCAGCUCAUCAACAAGCAGGACCGAGCUCUCUUCAUGCACCACUAUGAAAACUUCUGAGUGGCACUCAGCUUCUCACCAACCCUGCCUUCCUCUUCUGUGGAAUAACCCUGCUGGCAGUUUCUCUGCCAGAUCCACCUCGAGCCUCUGCUGGCGAGGCAGGAGAGACCCUCCCUCUGUUGUCCACAUGUCCCAUUCUCUAAGAAAGUAGAGGAGACUCUGCUGGCUCAAGUCACUGCAGGCUGUGGCAGACAAGGUGGGCUGCCUGGUGACAGUGUGGAGGUGAAGAGAUGCAACAACACGUGCCCGCAACAGGUCCCCAUAUCUCUAAAUUCCACAAAAAUCAGGGUAUUUUUCUAGUGUUUUCUCAGCCUAGCUAUUUGAGGGCAGAAGCAUGGGAAUAACUGAUAUAAAGACAGAAUUCCUCAGACUAUGGCUACACAACUGUGAUGUGUAAAACUUGGACGGCCCAAUUGCCUUGUAUCAGUCUCUGAAGCCUUUCCCCCACUGCAUCAGUCCCUCCUCUUGCUUCCAGGGGGUCAGAAAUCCUGAGGAGAAAUCAGGGAACAAAGAUGCCUACUUACCCUUGGUGUUACUGGUGUUGACGAGCAAAGCUCACCACCCUGGGCUCUGGGAAUGAGGGGGUUCAGCCCCUCUCUUCCAGACAUCUAACACCCCUUUUUAAUUCCCUACUUCAAGAGUCAGGUGACCAGAUGAGUUUGUAUGCUCUUGAGGCUGACUUAUGUCACUCCACACAAUGCUUCUGUGACUCAUCCAAGUGUUAUCUCUGGUACCAGCCAUUUGUUACUGACUCAUAUUCCUUUUUAUUUUUUUUGAGAUGGACCCCAGUUGACUAUUCUUUUGCUGAUGGAAAUUACAGUUUCUCAUUAUUGAUGAUUAUGAAUAAAACUACUGGGAACAGUCAUAACCCUGA